AUGUGGUUCACAACGAGACAAGACGGUCUUGAUGACAACUGUCACACCAAUAGAGGACCAUGUUUUCAAAUAAAUGGACUUUUCGGAACUACUUUGCGAAUUGGAUUUUUUUUAGAAUUCAUUGCAUUGACCUUUUUAUUUAUGGCAUAUUGGUCAAGUGGAGGAAAGGGAUUAUUCAGUUAUGAUUUAAAAAAUAUGAAAGAUGAAUAUCGUAUGGAUCAAACAUUUAGAAAUUCCAUAGCGCUAUGGAGUGGUGUGUAUUUGAUAGGGGCUAUAUUUAUCAUGUCCUUUCAAGUCCUUCUCGCAGAUGAUACUUGCUGGGCAAGAGGAUAUCGAGCUGGGUCGAAAAUUUUGAGAUUGGCCUCCUUUUUAGACACCAUAAGUGCAACGCUACAGUUUAUAUUUUAUUUAUAUAUAUCAAAAUUUUACACAAGAAAAUGGUAUGUCCAUUUCAAUGAAGGAGGCAGUGAAUGGGUAUUUUUUAUUUUUGUUAGAUUAGUUCAUGCCUUUUCUUGUUUAUUAUAUGGUCUCGCUGCUUAUUUAUUGGAAGUAUACCACGAUGAAGGAGCUGGAGAUUUGCAUGCAUAUAUAAACGGUGUGAUGUUUGCGUUUGCUGGAUUAACAGAAAUAUUUGUAAUAUUUUGCAACUCUGGUUGCUAUUCAAACUUCUUGUUAUGGAUGACUCUGGGUGCAGUUUCCCUAUGGUCAUAUUAUUUUGAGCCAGAAGUUAAUCACGUAUCCCCGGCCUUACACGAAACGGAAUUAACAAAUGACGUUGAACAACAAGUGGAGAAAUUCUCACGAUAUACUCCUUAUCCUCAAGAUCAGAACCAAAAUGCAUAUUACCCUGCAUAA